AUGUCGGGAGACCCGCCUGAGUUUCUGCCACUUAAUUCCGUGCGGAGCCACGAGGAUGACAAGUUGGUCAAUUCUAUCCUUCCAUCAUACCAUAUGUUCCAGGCAACCAUACGAAAGAAGAUGGUGCCUCAGGAGGAGAACUUCAAGGAGGAUCCGCCUACUUACGAGAUGUCUCCUUUGCAUUCUGCUGGUAUUACACCUGUUCCUUCGGGUUUACAUUCACCACAAAGCUCUGGUACUUUAAAUGCGUUCCCUUUUCCUAUCCAAGAGGCUGAAGAUGAUGACGAGACGUUCAACCAAAGAAGUGCUGAUUUAUGGGAGCAAACCGUACUUGCCAACGUCCAUAAGCUUGAUCUUUUGAGUGAAAAAAAUCCUGCUUCAAAGCAUCUAAAUGUGGAAGUUCACAUCACAGAUGCCGUUUGUCAGAAAGGCGUCAAGCCUGAUAUAAUCGAUAUCUCCGACUACGAGUUCAAGCAAGGUGAUUUUAUUCACGGCUACAUAACCAUUCAGAACACUUCCAAAGAGCCAAUUCCGUUUGAUAUGGUCUACGUUGUUCUUGAAGGUGAGUUAGCUGUGGUUCAAGCGAACCGUGGUCCUGGUGAUCCCUUCUACCAGCCUACUGUUUUCAAAUUCUUAAACAUGUUGGAUCUUUUUGCUCUGUGGUCUUAUGCAAACAUUGAUAGACUUGCCACAGACAACGGCGAUCCCCAUGAUUGGUGCGAUGGUGAGACGGACCCUUACGAUAAUACUGUCUUGUCCAUUGAUGUCAAAAGACUAUUCCAGCCUGGCAUCACAUACAAGAGAUUCUUCUCAUUCAGACUCCCUGACAAGCUCCUUGACGAUAAUUGCGAGAUCCACAGUCUAGACGUACAUUGCCAACCGCCUCCAAGUGUGGGAAAUCCUGUGAAUCUCAACUUUAGCGCUCGUCCACGCCAUGACAACGCUGACAAGCGUUUGAAAGACUUUUCACUUAUAGAUACAUUCACAAGCUAUAAAGUUGCGGCAAGAGUUAUUGGUCGUGCCUCCCAAUAUCUCUCUAGAAUAAACAAGGAUAGGUAUAUUUUGGCAGCUGAUGUCAACUUGCCAUUCCGUGUUAUUCCAUUUUCUGCCAAACCCGACUACAGGGAGCAGUGGGACCAGCAGGUAAGAGCACAAUACAAGGCAUUUGUAGAUGUCGUUGAAGAGAAAAUCCAUCAAGGAAAGCGAGUUUUGCGUUCGCGGGACGAAGCAAACAGUGGCUCCUUGACCAGUACUUCCAACUCAAGUUCUUCUUCAUUGCCUCAGAAUUUGACCCCAAUAUCAUCAGCCUUGCAUUCCGUGAGACUGGGCCUGGAUCAAGAGAAGCUCAGGCAGCUUUAUCGCGUCUCUGAAUCCAUGACCGGCAAAGGCUCGAAUAUAAAGAUGAAUGAGGCUCCAGUUUAUCUGCACUUGAGUCCUUUCAAGAAGAAGAGCUUCACAGGAUCAUCAAAGAUCCUAGGAGUGUUGUCAUUAUCAUCCCCCAAAACAGAGUAUGCCAUUUCAUAUGUUCCUCCUCCUCGUUACAGAAACCCCAUGCAACAUUAUGAAACAAAGGUCCGCAUUCCCUUGGAUCUCACAUAUUCUUGUGAGAAGUCUAUGGGCCCUCAGACUCCUCCAGAACCGAAAAAGAUAAGUUGCGAGUUGGUCGUAUUGACGGCCCGCUCAAAGAAACAUUUCAUCCCGAUAGAGUUUAAUCACGACAUGUGCUUUAGAGAGCAAGUUAUUGAUGAACUUGAUGCAAAGGCUCAGAGUGACGACUACGAAAACGUUGACGCUAUUGUCAUUCGCCCCUUCAAUGAGUACUACAAUUCGAUUGUAAAGCUCAUCAAGAAGAUUGGGUUUGAGAGUGACGAAUUCAGAGUUGAAACUCAACUCUUCAAGGACAUUAAAAGUUUGGCCAUGCUUCAAACAAAGAUAAUUAAUUUGGUUGUUCCAGAUAUUGCGAUCGCUUCCAGCACGGACAAAAGCAGAGGCGUACAUGAGCUGGCUGCUAGCGUUCCAUGGGUGCAGACAGAUUCAGCUCACUCACAGUACAAUGUUUAUUCAAAGAACAUAGAGUUGCAAGUCGAUGUGAACAGUUGCCACAUGAAGGGAACGACUCCUCCACCGCCCGGCAAGUCAGCUUUUGACUACAUAUGCUUGGUUCCCGACUUCCAACAGUGCCUCAUGGUCCGCUUUUAUUACUUCCGUAUUUCAGUGAAGUACGGCAAUGGGCUUAAUAUGAAAAUUGACGAGAUUUCUCCUGAAGACAGGGUCAUUUCGGAAUGGGAAAGAAGAAGGUAUCGCCCUAAGCCUGGUGAGCCAGAGUUGCCUCCUCAGCUUUCUGACGUAGCAAACAAGACUACCGAUGAGGUAUUGAAAGAGAUCAACCGUUUGCCAUUUUUCAUGACAGAGUUGGAUGAGACCGAUGGAGAUGGUGGACAAAACGCCAGUCUAGAAGCUUUGAAAAGUUUAGCCUAUGAUGGUGCGCCAGACGAAAUAGCCACAAACUUCAAGAACCAAGGUAAUGAAUGUUACAAGGCUAAGCAGUAUAAGAAUGCUGUGCAAUUCUAUACCCAGGGAAUUGAUAUCGAAUGUGAUGAUGCUAAAGUUAAUAGCGCUUUGCUUGUUAACAGAGCCGCUUGCAACCUUGAAUUGAAAAAUUAUAGAAUGUGCAUUGAGGAUUGCAAAAAGGUCUUGCUUAUAGAUGAGGACAAUGUUAAGGCUUGCUACCGUGCUGGAAGAGCCUUCUUUGCUGUCAACCGCUUUGAGGAAGCCAAGCAGAUUCUUCAAUUUGGUUUGUCUAAGGACUCUGAAAAUCAAGCUAUCAAGGAUGUUUUGAAGAAAAUCAACGAUAAGGAAGCACAAAUUGAGGCUGCCAUUCGGAAGAAGGAAAAAGAGACAGAGCUCAAGAAACAACAAGAGCUUGUAUUAGCUAGCGCAAUUACGCUAAGGAAGAUCGAGAUCAUCCGUUCUUCAAGGCCUGCAGAGCUUCUAGAAGAGACUAAUAUCCGUCUUGAAGAUCCUCUGGAUUACGAAUCUCAGCUUAUCCUUCCUGCCAUGGUUCUUUACCCUGUAACUGAUGAAUUUGAUUUUGUGGCUGAAAUAAGUGAACUUUCUACACCGGCUGAGAUCUUGGAGGUGGUAUUACAAAGACCUCAAGAAUGGUUCGAAGACCCAAGACACAAGAACUUCACAGUUAAAAACUUGGAGUGCUACAUGGAGACAAUAAGUGGAGGAUUGGUGAAGGUGGGCAAGAAGGCCCCUGUAAAUAAGGCAUUAAUGGCAGAGCAGGCUAAGGCCCCUCUUUUUGACAACGGCUUGAGGCUCUACGUUGUGCCUAAACAAGAAUCAGCCGAGUGGCUAGGUACUUGGAAAAAAGAGAUUGCAUUGGCAAAGCGCCAAAUGUAA